AACUGAGAACAACUGUUCAUGAGUUGUCAAAAUUAACAUCUUAGAAGUACAGUUCCCCACUUCGGGCCUGCUGGAACGACGAACCGUGACUGUCCAACUAUCACUUGAUAGAUACUGAACCUUUCUAUCAAUCGAAAGAGGCCGAGACAGCCGCAUAACUCAUCAGAUUCCAAGUUUAUCUAUAGAUAUCCACUGUGAAUCUGCUCGGUGAGAAUUUUAGGGCUGUUCAGAUCAACAAUGAACAGCGAGGGAGCUCCUAUGGAAGGGCAAAAAUGGCUCCCAUCCAAAGGCCCACUAUCCAUUCACCAGAAAGCGCUCUUUGUGUUUUGGGUAUCGGUAGUGUCGCUGAUGGCUUUUAGAAAACUUCUGUUGUUACUGAAAGUUCCAUCUUUGCGGAGCGCAUUUCGGCAUAGCGCGUCAGGUAAUCAAGAUAAUGAAGAAGCUCGCCUUGGAAUAGUAGAAAACGGUGAGAUACCACAUCAAAAGGUUGUACUCGUCAACGAGCGUGAAAAAGAACGUAACAUUGGUCAAGAUAACAGUGUACCAGGCAAGCCGACAUCUCAAACAUCCACUGCCGUCAGACCAUCUCUCGAUCAUUUCCUGCAAAGUGUGGCUAUAUUUGGAGUCAUUAUGUUCGUGUACUAUCUUUGCGAUGACAAUCACUAUUUUCUCGCCACUGAGCGCACUUAUUCACGUGAUCUGUUUUGGUUUCUGGUCCUGCUUCUUGUGGCUGUAGCCGCUGGAUUGACUAGGAAGGAGACUCCAGACAAGAUAUUAAACCGAGAGCAGACAGAGGAGUGGAAAGGCUGGAUGCAAGUCAUGUUCGUUUGGUAUCACUAUUUCAAAGCUGCGGAGACUUACAACGCUGUAAGGGUGUUCAUUGCAGCUUACGUUUGGAUGACUGGCUUCGGUAAUUUCUCCUUUUUCUGGGUUAAAAAAGACUUCAGUCUCUACCGAGUCCUUAAAAUGCUUUUUCGCCUCAAUUUCCUUGUGGUGAUCACGUGCUUGGUGGUGCGCAAUGAGUACAUGUUAUACUACAUCUGUCCUAUGCACACCUUCUGGUUCUUAUCAGCCUACUGCUUCAUGAGACUGCUGAACAGUUGGAACGAGGACCCACAAAAGAUGGCUGUAAAGUUUACGAUAUAUUUUCUUAUCGUCUUUCUAUUGUUUGACGUGCCAGGUGUUGGAGAAAUCGUUUUUAAACCCUUGGGCUUCAUCUUGAACUAUGAGAAUUCUCUCCACGAGUGGAUGUUUAGAGCAGGACUUGAUCAUUAUGCGACUCUUCUGGGCAUGCUCUGUGCUUACCACCAUCCUAAUUUUGAGAGGCUCAUGGGAUAUCUAGAUGAGAAGUCGUCGGCAAAGCGAACAGCAAUACGGUUUGGAAUCGCUUUAGUGUGCCUCACCUCCCUCUCUUUUUGGGUUCGACACAUCUUUGUAUUGGACAAAUACCAGUAUAACAAACUCCACCCUUAUUUUUCCUUCAUUCCUUUGUUAUCCUUCAUAUUUCUACGCAAUAUGUUCCCGUUGUUUCGGCGGCACUACUUUUACAUGUUCACGUGGCUGGGAAAAAUCACACUAGAAACGUACAUCUCCCAGUUGCAUGUUUAUCUCCAAGGCAAUGCUAAGUUUCUGAUUGCUUUCAUACCAGGAUACCCUUUGCUUAAUUUCGCUUUUGCCACCAUUGUUUAUCUUUUCUUGUCUUAUCACUUGUUUCAUCUCACAGUUGACAUCAGCUCCUUUCUGAUUCCUAAGGACCACCAAUCGAUGUUGAAGAACCUUGCUGUAGGUGUUUUGUGGCUAUCAUUAUGUUAUUUUGCAGGAUUAGGUUAUACGGGAUCGUUUUUGUCAUAAAAUCGCUGCUUGUGGUCGGCUUUGAAAUGGAAACAAAACAAGGAAGGGUUGACGCGAAGUGUUUCUCAUAAAUGUAGAACUUACUUUUGAAAGACUGUCUUAAUCGGUUUGAAAUUGUAAAUAGGCAGUAUCAGACAUUUACUCACCUUUAAAGUAGAGAGGAAGCCACAUUAACCUUAACUGAUUUGACCUUAGCUGGUCGAAUUGGAAUUUGGAGAUUUUGGUGCCAUUGUUGUCAGGUUUUUUUUUUAUUUAGUUCCUAAAUCUCUUGAUCGGAUAAAACUGAUAUGAGCUUAGCGAUAUAAUAUAUCAUUACUAGCAACUAGGGUUGGGAAACACUAAGUCUAGAGGUUGGUUUGCGUGGAAAUAAGUGAACACCAUGUAAAGUGAUAGCCAUACUGAUGAAGAUUCCUCUAAGAGGUCAAUAAAAGGGCAAUCAAAUUUG